CCCCACUAUAUGCCUGGAGUAACGCUAGAUUAAAGUUAUAGUGCGUCCUUAAUUCCAGCUCGGUGAGCCAUGAGGAGAUGACAUGAAACACGAAUGACAUGUAUGACCAAGAGAAAACAAUCAGUGACCCGUUUAUCCUCCUUUCUCAUGUCAUAACUAACAGCCAGGUAGAUGAAAAGCUGAACAGAUACAUCCGAAACCGUGCUAAACAGUAGGCUAUAUCGGAAUACUACGCCAGUACAUGUUAUGGAGGAAGCUAUAGCUAAUAACCAGGAGCUCCGUGUAAGAAAAGCACGAGCGCAAGCAUCAACAGCGUCCUGCUCUCUCCUCCAGCCGUUAUUUUGAUGGAGGCGCCCUUCACUUCGUUAUAUCCAGGCUUUAAGGGAGCAGGUGCAGGGGAAAGAGGUUAAGCAUCACCACGGAUAAUUAGCAACACAAUCUGAUUUUAUAGCAGCGGCGCGUUUAUUUUUUCCGUGUGACAAGAAGAUGGUCGCCAAACAGAGGAUCCGAAUGGCCAACGAGAAACACAGCAAAAACAUCACGCAGAGGGGCAACGUGGCGAAGACCCUGCGACCACAAGAAGAGAAAUAUCCAGUGGGACCAUGGCUUUUGGCACUCUUUGUAUUCGUUGUUUGUGGAUCAGCCAUCUUUCAAAUCAUUCAGAGCAUCCGAAUGGGAAUAUGAGUCCUGCACCUCCUCUACGCAUCCAUGAGAUCGGAGCCCAAUAGGCACAGUAGUAGGGAAAACUGGAGGCUGCAGUUCUGAUCGUCAGCUGUAUGCUAAGGAGACAAGUCCUGUGCACAGUACAUGAUAUCGCCAUUCACUUGUUUACAAUGUACCUGGAUGAUGGGAACAAGUGCUUUUCUACUGAACCAUUGUGGCUGGCUUCGUCACCCUCAUGUCUGAUCAUAGAUCAUAUUUGUGCAAUAGAAUGUGUGCUUUUGUAACCAUUAAUGUGCCACAUUUUCUUUGUAUGUGUUGUUUGUUCUGUUGAUGUCCUGUGAGACAGUUUUGAAAA